UUAUUGACAGUUUUAGAGAGAAAAAGAGAGAGACUUCAGAGAUCACUUUAAAUCGUUCACAUUCGAAGAAAAAUUAUACACGAAGUUAAUUUAUUUUGUGCCUGUUUCAUUUCCUUUUACAUCUUGAUCAUUUGCAAAAAUUCGGUACCAUAUCCGGAACUUAUGAUCGUUACUUUGUUCAGAAACUUCGCUUGACGAUGGUCAUUCUGGCGACCUUUGCUCUUGCACUGGCGCACUGCAACUUUUCCCCAUUUUCUUGCAUUUUUAAAGUAAAUCACCCUUAAUGACGGCAAGAGGCGGUUUUCCUGAGCCGGAAACUACCAAACUGCAUUCUCGUCGAUUCUUGACCCGUCGAGGCCUGCAAUCAUCGUUCGAUCGUUGUAACUUUUUUCUGCAUUCUUAAGUAUGUGACGAAAAUACACGUCUAACGUUCUCGAUUGGUCGGCGGCCAUGAAGGUGGGGCCAUGUCCAAUCUUCAUGUUAACAUCUUGAGCUUAUCUUUGAGCGAGUAGAAAUAGCUAUCGUACGGAAACCUCGUCAGAGACUUACAUGUUCGUUUUAUUUGGUUCUGUCAACGAAGUAAACGAAAAACUUGGAAUUUUACGUACGAUGAUACCGAUUAGUACUAUUAGUCGACCAGUCGAAAUUGGCCUCCGUCUUACUGGAAUAUGGCCGAAUUCUUUGGUUCUCUUUAGAAUGCUGUGGACACUGGUGAUGGGAAUAGUACUGAUCUUCCAGUAUCAUUAUCUUCUGAUACACUUCAGCACCGAGGAGUUACCGAAUCUGAUAGAUGGUUUAAGCACAACUUUGCCGUAUAAUCUCCUCUUCAUCAAGAUGAUUGUUCUGUGGGUCAAUAACCGAAUAUUCAACGAUGUCCUGAAAGCGAUGUCCAACGACUGGCGCGAAUAUUCUGGCAUGUAUGCCAUGAUCGACAAGGCGGUCCUCGCGCAUCGCUGCUCGAAAUUAACUAUCGGUGUUUACUCGACAGCGGUGUUGCUUUACAGCACCGCGUCCAUCAAUUUUCGCAAGCAGUCCAAUGACAGUUGCCGAGAGUUACUGAUAAAGAUGGAGUUGCCCUUCAAUUUCUGUGAAUCGCCAGUCUACGAGAUCGUGAUGUGGGUGCAAUUCGUACAUCUAAUGGCGGUCGCCUCCUCCAUAGGUAUGCUCGAUGGAUUAAUGGUUACAUUGAUGCUGCACAUUGGUGGACAAAUAGAUCUCAUGCGACAGGAAGUGGAAGAAAUUUGUCCCAACGAUGAUAAAUAUGAUUUACCUAUUACCAUUGUGAGAUCUUUAAUUAAUAAACAUCAGAAGAUUAUUGCUUUCACAGAGAACAUCGAAAGUCUUUUCUCUCACAUCGCUCUAAUGCAAUUUUUUUCGAAUACAAUAAUCAUAUGCUGCAUCGGGUUUCUUAUAGUAACUUCAAUGGGCACGGAUGAAGGCAUCAGAAUGUUAAUAAAGACCAUGUUUUUUUACAUCGCUAUUACUUUGGAAGCGUUUAUCUUUUGUUUCGCUGGUGAAUAUCUGAGUAAUAAGAGCAAAACGAUCGGCGAUGCUGUGUAUGAAUCUGUUUGGUAUAAUCUCAAGCCUCGAGAUUGUCGUGUUCUGCUAUUUGUGAUAAUGAGAUCACAAAAACGGCUGACAAUCACUGCGGGAAAAUUUAUGGAAUUAUCAUUACAAGGAUUCACAAAUAGUAUGAAAGCCUCCGCGUCGUACGUAUCUGUUUUAUAUGCCAUGUAUUGAUGCCGAAGAAGUUUAAAACUGUAUACACACCCUUUGUAAAGUUAAAAUAUUUUUUACUUUCUAUGAAAUGAUUGUCACAAUUUAAUAACACAUAUCGUGGAUUCAAAUAAAAAAAAAAAUGAAACUGUU